AUUAUAAAAUGUACGAAAUACAGUUUCUUAAAUUGUUGGGAACACUUUUACAUUGGGUCUUCUGCAUAUUAUUAGUUUCGAUUAGUCCCAUUGGCAGUAGCAAACUGAAUGAAGUGGGUAUCCGAAACAUGGCUCAAGUCUUUGACAGCAGCAACAACAUAAUUGCAACUCCUGGAGGGAAUGGGGCCACGUUAAGUAAUACUCACGGGGAAAGUGGUCAGCCCUUGUGGACCAACGAAGGGUUCAUUUGUGCAAACGCAACCCAAAUUACAAGCUCGUUGGGGAGGAAGAUCGACAUAUCCACAAAACUCCUCCUGGCAAUGAAAGCUUCCAUGCUGAGCACUCAAAUAAAAGAUUUUACUCACACAUUUCUGGUAAUAAAGUUUUCGUCAAUUAUUGGACAUACUGAACCCACACCAGCCGAAGAGGAGCCAACUACGACAGCCCCAGACGCGGAUGAACUUAUUACGUCAACCUCCGACCCGGUUUAUGAGGACGAUGGAGUCUCAACCUCAACUUUAUCACCACCACCAUCACCAUUAACCUCGUCGAAAAAACUCACGGCCGCUACCAACAAGUUGGAUAAGACUGAGGUGAAAAGUAAUAAUCCUCCAAACAAGGUAUCGUCCCCGCUUGUCAAAUCGUCAGCGUCAGAGGAGCAGGUCACAGUGAAAACAGUUCCUCCAAUCCCACCUGCACCUCCAUCACCACAAAAUCCUGCCAUUUUAAAAUUGAAUACCGAUGGUUCAGACGGUCAUCAAGUAAUUGAAAUUGCUAUCGAUUCCAAAGCCCUGUCAAAAAGUACGCCCAAAAAGUCGAAAAGAUCCGAAGGGCUUAGUGAAGAGGUGGAUCCAGUUUCUCACAAAAUAGAUGGAAAACCAUUACAAAGAAAGAGGAGAGCUUUGGAUAGCGAAGAAAUCUCACAAAUUCAUAAAAUCCUCACACUAACUAAAAAUAUGAAAAGCAAUAAACCAGAAAAAGAAAAGGUUAAAUCAAAAAUUAAAACGACUCAGGAAGAAAUCACUUCAGCUUCACAAGAUUCGCAGGACGAAGACGCUGUGGUAAAGGAGAAGGAGGAAGAAGUCAAGGUCACAGAACCCAAAAAUAGCAAUAAACCCAGCACCAUUGCAAAGAAAUUGCCUUACCAAACUUGGCGUGCUUUAAUGGAUAAUUCAAACUUCAGACCGCCAGGUUUCUACGUCACGGUGGAUGAGAAAGUGGUGUUUGAUAACUGGCUGGGUGUUUGGCAAUCGUCUCAGUCUCCAACAGUGAUGGGGAGAUGGUCAGCCCCAAGGAAAAACGGAAUUUGGAAUGAUACGGUGCUCUUGUUGGAAUUUGAGGAAAAUCCAGAUCGCAACAUCAAGGUAAGCUUUGAGUGGGAACCUACGGACGCAAAUGCAUAUCUUUUCCUCUCGAAUAUUUCAAUCUCAACAUACGGAGCAAAUGUGACUGAAGCCACCAUAGCUGAUGCAAAUGGGGCUGGUCCACAAUAUUCGGUGGGCUCGAAAAGUCAAGUUGGAGGAGGAAUGGAAGGAAAUCGUAACAUCACGCUAUACAUUGUCCUCCAAACCCCAUCUCUAGGAACAGAACAGGUCAUCAAAAUGGGUGAAAACCCAGAAGUUGUGGAGCAAAGGAUUACAAAGUCCAACAUUAUUGUCGCCAAGCCAUCAGCAUCUUCUUCUACGUUGAAGGACGAACAAGAUCUUGGCGUAAAAUCCGAAAGCAAUUCGUCAACUGCACAUGAUCCAAAUCUCUCCAACUCCACGAAGCCAUCAGCCUCCAUGAGUACCACGGCACUAAUUGUAACUUGUGUCACGGGAGGUCUAUCUCUAAUAAUUCUAAUAUUCUUGAUUCACAAAAAACUUCAAAUUAACAAAAGUCCCCAUCCAAUUCAUAAUCUGUACAUUGAUGAACUUUGACAAAGCAAUUUAUUAGCUAUGUAAGUGCAGCAUCAAGUACGUAAAUCUAGAAUGCAAUGUCUUCUAUUUAUACAUAUUCAAAACAAUUGAACAAGGUAGCUCAAAAUAUUUCUAAAGAUGUGCGUGGUAUACUAUAAAAUCUGUCGCAAAUGUACUGGACACAAUUUGUAAGUAUUUGUUAUGAAAUCCAAUAUUUUUCAACUUUCUUUGCAAGAGUUAACCCUGAUUUGUAUAUAUAUAAUGCAACUACGGACUAUUUUAUUAAUGUCUUACAAAUAAAAAAUAAAAUGCC